AUGUCAUCGUGGUUUGAUAAAUUACCUCGUUCUCAAUAUUCUUCACUUCAACGUAUUUCAAUUAGUGAAUCAUGGUUUCAAGUAUAUGCUAUUCAUCCAACUGUUUUUGCUAUUUAUGAACCAUAUCACUAUCAAGAAGUAAUUUCUUAUCUUAUUGUUGGUCCGAAAAAAUCUCUUCUUAUUGAUACUGGAAUGGGCAUUGGAAAUAUUGAAAAAGUUGUUAAUGAACUUUCAUCUGUACCAUUAAUAGUCAUUAAUACACAUACACAUCAUGAUCAUGUUGGUGAUAAUUGGCGUUUUGAACAAUCUUUAAUUGGUAUUGAAUGUGAAUUUUCUAAGAAUAAUGAUCAUAGUCUUCUUACUGAAGCACAAAAUGAUAUGAAAAAUGAUAGGAUUUGUGAAGAUUAUUUACCAAAAGAUUUUGAUAAAAAAUCUUAUCGAAUUAAACCAUAUCGUAUAAGUAAAUUUAUAUCUGAUGAUAAUAUAAUUGAUCUUGGAAAUGAACGAAAAAUUAAAGUGAUUUCUACUCUUGGUCAUACACCUGAUUCAAUAUCAUUAUUAGAUAUACAAGAACGACUUUUAUUUGUUGGAGAUAUAUUCUAUUCAGGUCCUAUUUAUCUUUAUAGACCGGAAACAAAUUUAGAAGAUUAUAUAAAGUCAUUAGAAAAAUUAGUAUGUUUGAUUAAAAAUAAUAAAGUCGAUUUAAUUGUGUCAUCACACAAUAUUCCUAAAAUUAGUCCACAUUUAUUAAUAAUGACAUUAGAAGCAAUAAAAAAAAUCAUCAACGGAGAAGUAAUGGCUAAGAAAACAGAUGAUGAUUUAUAUAAUGAAUAUAACUUUGAUGAUUUUUCAUUUGUAAUUGAUCCAAAAUUUUUAAACAAAUAA